GGUGGACAGAGACCGAAAGGACAAAGCAAAGGAGAGACACAGAGAAAAAGAGACCGGCCCCAAAGGGACAAAGACCCCAACAUUUGUCCACGUCCCCGCAGAGGCAGCUGGAGCCAGUGCUGCCUGUCCGUCCCCAUGGGCCACCAUAGGCCAUGGCUGCACACUUCUGUCCUCUGGGCUGGGGUGGCCAGCCUGCUCCUCCCCUCGGCCAUGACCCAGCAGCUGAGAGGGGAUGGGCUGGGCUUCAGCAACUGGAACAACAACACCAGAGUCGCUGGGCUCUCCGAGGAGGCAUCAGCAGAGCUUGGCCACCACCUCCACAGCCCUAGAGACCAUCCAGAUGAGAACGAGGAUGUUUCCACAGAGAAUGGGCAUCAUUUCUGGAGCCACCCAGACCGUGAAAAGGAGGAUGAAGAUGUCUCCAAGGAAUAUGGGCACCUACUCCCAGGCCACAGGUCCCAAGACCACAAAGUCGGAGAUGAGGAUGUCUCAGGUGAGGAGGACUUUGCAGAGCAUGGUGGGCAGGCCCGUGGGCACAGAGGCCAUGGGAGUGAAGACACGGAAGACUCAGCUGAGCACAGGCACCACCUCCCCAGCCACAGGAGCCACAGCCAUCAAGACGAGGAUGAGGAUGAAGUUGUGUCCAGUGAGCAUCACCAUCAUAUCCUCCGGCAUGGACACCAAGGCCAUGAUGGGGAAGAUGAUGAAGGAGAAGAGGAGGAGGAGGAGGAAGAGGAGGUCUCCACUGAGUAUGGACACCAGGCCCACAGGCACCAAGGCCACGAAGAAGAUGACGAUGAUGAUGAUGACGAUGAUGUCUCCACUGAGUAUGGACACCAGGCUCACAGGCACCGAGGCCAUGGGAGUGAAGAGGAUGAAGAUGUCUCAGAUGGACACCAUCAUCGUGACCCCAGCCACAGGCACCAAAGCCAUGAAGAUGACAAUGAUGAUGAUGAUGUCUCCACCGAGUAUGGACACCAGGCCCACAGGCACCAAGACCACAUAAAGGAAGAAGAUGAGGCUGUCUCAGGUGAACACCGCCAUCAUGUCCCUGACCACAGGCACCAAGGCCACAGAGACGCGGAAGAAGAUGAGGAUGUGUCCACUGAACACUGGCACCAGGGUCCCCAACAUGUCCACCAUGGCCUUGCAGAUGAGGAAGAGGAAGAAGAGGAGAUCACAGUCCAGUUCAGCCACCAUGUUGCAAGCCACCAAACUCGAGGCCACAAGAGUGAUGAAGAGGACUUCCAAGAUGAGUAUAAAACAGAAGUCCCUCACCAUCACCACCACAGAGUCCCCAUGGAGGAAGAUGAGGAGGUCUCUGCUGAGCUUGGCCACCAGGCCCCCAGCCGCAGGCAAAGCCACCAAGAUGAAGAAACUGGCCAUGGUCAAAGAGGGUCCUUCAAAGAGAUGAGCCAUCACCCCCCAGGACACACAGUGGUCAAGGAUAGAAGCCAUUUGAGGGAGGAUGAUUCUGAGGAGGGAAAGGAGAAGGAAGAGGACCCCGGCUCCCACGAGGAAGAUGAUGAAAGUUCAGAGCAGGGAGAGAAAGGCACCCAUCAUGGCAGCUGGGACGAGGAAGAUGAGGAGGAUGAGGAGGAAGGUCAUGGCCUCAGCCUGAACCAGGAGGAGGAAGAAGAGGAAGACAAGGAGGAGGAGGAGGAAGAAGAGGAGGAGAGGAGGGAAGAGAGGGCUGAGGUUGGGGCCCCACUGAGCCGAGACCACAGCGAGGAGGAAGAGGAGGAGGAGGAGGGGCUGGAGGAAGAUGAGCCCCACUUCACCAUCAUCCCCAACCCACUGGAUGGGAGAGAGGAGACUGGAGGUGCCUCCAGUGAGGAGGAAAGCGGUGAGGACACAGGUCCGCAGGACGCUCAGGAGUAUGGGAACUACCAGCCAGGGUCCCUGUGUGGCUACUGCUCCUUCUGCAAUCGAUGCACUGAAUGUGAGAGCUGUCACUGUGAUGAGGAGAACAUGGGUGAGCACUGCGACCAGUGCCAGCACUGUCAGUUCUGCUAUCUCUGCCCGCUGGUCUGCGAAACGGUCUGCACUCCAGGAAGCUACGUUGACUAUUUCUCCUCGUCCGUUUAUCAGGCCCUGGCGGACAUGCUGGAAACGCCGGAACCCUGACCCAGCCGCUCGACUGCGACGCAGGUGUACCUCCCCCUGCCUUCCAAUCCCUUUCCACGAGCCAUAUUUA